CUCUCAUCAUGGCGCCCGUCACACAAAUUAUGUACUUUAAGACCUCUUCGUCCUACCUCCAGGAUCCCGCUCGGUUGAUUUCUGAGCUUGCGACCACAAGUUCAGCAGACAAAAUUGAAGGGCUUUCUAAGGCAUACCUUGGUUUCGAGACCGAGGAUCCAAGCAAUGCAUUCUGGGUCUUCGAGUGGUCUUCCAAGUCUGCGCAUGACACAUAUCAUCAGACAGACACUUUCAAGGCUACACAAGCAGCUGCUCGACAAGUCUUUGCGAGCAGACCUACCCAUACAUUUGCCGAAUUCUCCGACGCUAGUCAGAUCUUUUCUGCUCCAGUGACGGAAUUUGUCACUUUCACUCUCAAGAGGGGUGUCAGCAUGGACGCGCUUCAGCCCCUUGUCGAACAGCUUCAGGCCAAGCUUCAAGGAACACCCAAGUUCUACGGCUCGAGCUGGGCGCCUGUCGUUGAUAAGCCUAACGUAGUUCACGGCGUGUUAGGAUGGGAAAGUGUGCAGGCACACUGGGACGCUGUAACCUCAGGUCCCCUCAAAGACAUCAUUGAUGAAGUGAAGAAGAUUGCUGACCUUUGGCUUGUCCACGCCAUACUGACGCGAUACACUGUGUGAACUUGAUUAUCGAACGCUCUGUACGAACCACACUUUGUUGGAUAUUUCCGAGGAACAU